GACAGGAUACACUGUAGAACGCAUACCUGUUAAAGGUGGGUGCAUCGCAACCUUUCAACACAAAGGUCAGCAGAUACAGGCGCAGCUGCUAAUUGUGGAUGCAAAUGUGCAACCAAUCCUAGGACUAAAGACAUGUACAAAGCUCAAUCUCGUCAAAAGAGUGUUUGUAGUGACGUCGCCAGGUACUGUGAAUGACCAUGACUCACUCAUGGAGGAAUAUAAAGACUGUUUUGAGGGACUUGGAUGUUUACCUGGAGAACAUAAAAUAUGUGUGGAUAAAAGCGUGUCUCCUGUUGUACAUCCGUGCAGGAAGAUCCCGUUUGCACUCCGGAACAAACUGAAAGAAGAACUGGUGCGCAUGGAAAAACUGGGAGUCAUCAAGAAAAUAGAUGAGCCAACUGAAUGGUUCUACGACCCAGAGAGAAGCACUAGGAUCUCGGCAGAUGCGUCACAGUUUGGCCUUGGAGCUGUGCUGCUACAACAACAUGAUGGGCAGUGGCUUCCGGUCGCCUAUGCAUCUCGAGCCUUGACCAGUGCAGAAUCCAGGUACGCACAGAUAGAAAAAGAGCUGUUAGCAAGCUUAUAUGCCUGUGAGCGUUUCCACCAAUAUGUAUAUGGACAAGCUUUUGAAGUGGAAACUGACCACAAACCUUUGGUGUCCAUCAUGUCUAAGCCGCUGAACGACUGUCCGUUACGGAUACAGCGAAUGCUUAUCAGGCUACAUAAGUACGACGUGCACAUGUUAUACACGCAGGGUAAAUACAUGUACACCGCCGACACCUUGUCCAGGGCAGUGGAUAAGGAGGAAAGUGCAGACAGCGAAAAGAGUGCAGAGAUUCAAGCAUACGUGGACAUGGUCGUGUCGUCGUUGCCAAUAACGGGUGACAGAACAGAGCAAAUACGGAGAGAGACUAGUGCAGAUGAAGUACUGAAAGAACUCAAGAUUACAAUUCAGACAGGAUGGCCAGAAAACAGAAAGGAUUGCCCCAUAACAGUACAAGACUACUGGAACUGCAGAGCAGAGCUCACUGUGGUGGACGACAUAGUGAUGAAGGGGAGCAAAUUCGUAAUUCCAUCCUCUCUACGGAAGCAAAUGCUCCAAAAGAUACACGAAGGUCAUCUGGGAGAGGUCAAGUGUAAACGUCGGGCAAGAGAAGUAAUGUAUUGGUUGAGAAUCAACCAUGAUAUCAGCCAGACAACAGCAUCAUGUGAUCUUUGCCGCAUACACAGGCCAAAACAACAAGCAGAGCCGUUGAUGACUCAUCCGGUGCCCCACAGACCUUACUACAAGGUGGGUACUGACCUGUUUGACUGUGAUGGAAAAAGUUACAUCCUGGUCACUGACUACUUUUCCAACUACCCAGAAGUCGGAGCGCUGCAGUCAACGUCAAGCAAGGCAGUUAUCAGCUUCCUAAAGACUGUCUUUGCCAGACACGGCAUUCCAUGUGAACUUUUUUCAGACAAUGGGCCCCAAUUUACCAGCUGUGAGUUUGAGGCCUUUGCUGAAGAAUGGGGUUUUCAGCACAAAACAUCGAGUCCAAACUACCCAAGGUCUAAUGGCUUGGCUGAGGGUUCAGUGAAAUUAAUAAAAAACAUGAUGAAAAAAGCACAGGACAGAGACGACUUUCAAAAAAGCCUGCUGAUCUACAGAAGUGCACCUCUUCAGAACGGACUAUCACCAGCACAAAUGCUGAUGGGUCGACGCAUUCGUUCCAACCUUCCGGUGAAUGAAGACCUGCUGACACCCAAAGGUGCGCACAAAGUUACACAGCUGAAGGAGGAACAAAAAGCAAAACAAAAAAAGCUGCAUGAUCGGAUGGCAAAACAUCUUCCAAUACUGAAGCUUGGAGAUACGGUGCGUCUCAGGGACAUCUCUACCGGCACCUGGAGAAAAAAAGGGCGGGUGGAGGAGGAAGUUGCACCACGCUCCUUCAGGAUUCAAGUGGAGAAUGGAACGUCUCUAAGGAGGAAUCGCACAGAUCUUCAACUACAGACGACUGGAACUGACAUGGCAGCUCAGGAGAUGGACCAGCAGGACCCAGCAGAAUCAGGAGGGUUGGUUAGCAGUGGACUGACGGCAGCAUCUGCAUCACCUGCGGAUGUGACACCUUCCCAUGUGUCUACAUCAGCAACUCCUGAAAGGCUGGCUAGGCCUAAGAGACAGAUUCACCCUCCUAAGAGGUUAAUUGAGAGUUGCUGAGGGCUUGCUUUGGUAGUGCAACUUACUUUAAAGACUUUAUGUUUGUGUCAUAUUUGCAGGAAAAGGAACAGCUGAAAUGUUGGAAUGAUAGAAGUUAAUGUUGAUACUGUUUCAAGUUAGUGUUUGGAUGCAUAGAGGCACUUGAUAACGUUUGUAAAAAAAAAAAAAAAAAAAAAAAAAAAAAAAAAAUGGUUUAAAGUGAAAAGUUGUUUACAGAAAAUAGUUUUUUCUUAUAGGUUAAAUAUUAUUUCUUAUAGGAGAAGGGAUGUGAUGUUAUGAGCUGGAAAGCUCUUGAACUCCAAUACCCAGCAUGCAACAGGGCAUGGCGUCACGGGUUGGAGGUCAGAGCGGGCUGCGGUUCGGGAUGUAGCUUGCUACUGGAUGGUUCUGUGAAGUUCUAAAUAAAUAUACAGAACAAGCA